CACUAGGUGAAUACCUUGUUCACACUCCUGUGCUUCACCAUGGACUCCUCCCCGCGUACCGAGGGCCUCCGAAGCCACUUUCCGAAAAUCAACGUACCCUUCUUUGUUUACCUUGAAUAAAUUAACCACUUUUCCUACCUCCCAUUCGCCGCAUUGGUACGAGUGGGAAAAUCACUGUUCGAUCAACGCGUCUUCCGUGGGUCUGUACCACUUUCAGCAUUGGGGCAGUCUAUUUGGUGAGACCUUUGUCAAAAUGAGCACUCAAAACAUGAACAAAAAGUCCUGGGAGUCUCUUUCUUCGACCUUCUCGCAGCUCGAGAUCUCGAUCUCCCAAGACAGUUGCUAUGCCUCGGACGAGGUCUCGGUGACGUCGAACGGUCAACCGGCUCCCAAACCGGCCCCCAACAGCUCAGGUGUGCUGCCCGUGCAGCCUGCGACAGGACCGUCUCUGCGUCCUUUACUGAAGCCUAUCUUGAAGAGGCCGUACUCGGAAAUUGAAGACGAAGAGUCCGAGUCGGGCUACGCAUCGGAAGAUUCGGACUUCGAAUACGAUGCGAUCUUCGGAGAAUCCGAUGACGACGACGACGAUAUGUACCACGUCUCCGGAUGGGACGACGCAUCUGACAUCAUGUACGAAACGUACGAUGAAGAGGACGAUGAGUCCUGCGACGGUGACUUCGUUUCGUUCGGAGGAUUCGUCCGAUUUGACGACAAUGUGCGGUAUAUUGAUGCGCCAGAUGUUGACGAUGCUGAGGAUGAAGAACCCCAGCGGGAAAUGACCUGUCACGAACUGAUGGAAAUCGCGCGCGCCUCCGGGACGCUGCAUAUACAAGAGGGGGAAAGCGACGACUCGGACGUCGACGACAUCGAGGAUGACGAGCAUAGCAGCAUCCUCGAGUCGAUGGAACAGCUGCCUGAGGAGCACCCCAGUGACAGCGUUGAACUGGACAGGCGGAUCUUUGUCGCCUACAUGAACGCCAUCAACGGCAUCAGCGAUCUCCGAUACAAGGCGCAACUGCGCAGCCAGGUCAACGAUUUCGAGACGGGCCGUGUGCAUUCGCCGUACCUGGACUCUGGCGAUGCCACCGGAGCCUACUUUGACACCCUCCUGAAUCACGUUAUCGGGUUGUUCCGCAACGUCGUGGCCAAGGAGGAGCUCAGCGACCUCGUCAGCCUCAGCAAUCAAGUCCCGGGAUGUUUUUCGGACGCCUCCCACCCAGAGACUCGGGUCAGGAUUGAGGCUAUCCUCCGCGAGAAACUCGCCUGUGAUACUAUCAACAUCGGGCCUGACGAGCUCAGUUUCUUCGCCAGUGGCGUUGUAUACGCACUGGAGAAGUGGCAGGGCUUCCUACACUAGGUGGCCGGUCAUACAACAUGACCACUUCCAGAAUGAA